AACCCCGAAUGUGUGUCGGCUUUUAAUGAGCUGAAGCUCGGUCGCGGCGGCCCGAAAUACAUCAUCUACAAGAUCUCUGAUGACCAGAAGGAAAUCGUGGUAGACGAGAUUGGCAAAGAGGCAGACUACGACACAUUCAGGGAGAAGCUCAUCUCGAAGAAGGAGAAGUCUGGCAAGGAUAGACCUUCAUACGCCAUCUAUGAUGUCGAAUUCGAGCUUGAGGGCGGUGAAGGCAAAAGAUCCAAGAUCGCCUUCAUUACCUACAUCAACCAGGACGCCACCGGAGUAAAGUCUCGCAUGGUAUAUGCAAGCUCGCGCGAAACCCUGAAGAAUGCUCUCAACGGAAUCGCCAUGAACUGGCAAGCAAACGACCCGGGUGAGUUGGAGUGGGCAGACCUGCUCAAGGAAGCCAGCAAAGGCAAAGGCACGAUCUAG